CCGCCGCAAAGCGGUGUGCAGCUUUACCGGGAGCCGCAGAAGAAGAAGGGAAAAAAAUGGCCGCGGCUAAUGUUAGGUAGCUAAUGACUGUCGAAAAAUGUUUCGUUCCUGAUAUUUUUGGCCGCUGUAGUUCUGUACCGAGGCUCCGUGACAACGUAAGACCCCUCCGCCGACAUCGUAAAGACUGUGGCGGGAAGCCGAGCCCCGCUGCGCGCUGUUCGUAGCGGUCUAGUGGCUCCGUGUCUGUGCAGCGGUGCCAGCUGCCGUCACUUAAACGUCAGUGAGGAUUGAUUGGGGGGGAGCGCAGCCAUGGCAGCUCCGGUAAACAUCCAGGCUCCCAGUAAGACCUGGGAGCUGAGUCUGUACGAGCUGCACAGGAGCCCUCAGGAGGCCAUCGUGGACGGGACGGAGGUAGCCGUGUCUCCUCGCUCUCUGCACAGCGAGCUCAUGUGUCCCAUCUGUCUGGACAUGCUGAAGAACACCAUGACCACCAAAGAGUGUCUGCACCGCUUCUGCUCAGACUGCAUCGUCACCGCGCUGCGAUCUGGGAACAAGGAGUGUCCGACCUGCAGGAAGAAGCUGGUUUCUAGACGUUCGCUGCGCAGAGACUCAAACUUCGACGCGCUGAUCUCGAAGAUCUACCCAAGUCGCGACGAGUAUGAAGCCCACCAACGCCGCGUCCUCGAGCGACUCAACCGGCUGCACAACAAGGAGGCGCUGAGCUCCAGCAUCGAGGAGGGGCUCCGGCAGCAGGCCCGCUACAGGUCCGAGAGGAAUCACCGAGUGAAGAAGCCCACUCAGGAGAGUGAUAACACCACCUACAGUGGUGGGGAGGACAAUGGGGACUCCCGUUCACACCUCUCCCACGACUCCGCCCCCUCACACACGCCACACCCCUGUGGUCAUACCCCUCCGGAGGCCGGGCCGAGCCGCAAGCGGCCACGUCCAUCGGAUGAUGGCUCGGGACCCGAGGUGGACAGCGGGAGCCCGACUCCCCCGCUGAGACGCCACAAAGAGGGGCUGUCCUCCGAGAUCGAGCUGGUGUUUAGACCACACCCACAGCUGGUCCACGCCCAGGACUACAACCAGACGAGAUAUGUGAAGACAACAGCUAACGCUACGGUGGACCAUCUGUCCAAGUACCUCGCACUGCGCAUCGCUCUGGAGGACCGACGGCCCGAGAAUGAACCCGAGGACCGAGGGCGAGAGGAGGCAGAACGAGAAGAGGCGCGAGCCGAGGGCGGGGGAGGUGAAAACGGAGGGAUGGCAGGAAGCGGCGAGGGGACGAGUCUGAGCAACGUCAGCGAGAAGCAGUACACCAUCUACAUCCUGACGAGGGGAGGCCAGUUCUCUACCCUAAACGGCUCGCUGACUCUGGAGUUGGUGAACGAGAAGUACUGGAAGGUCAGGAAGCCUCUGGAGCUGUACUACGCCCCCACCAAAGAGCAGCAGCAGCCCCAGCAGCAGCAGCCCCAGCAGCAGCAGCCUCCUACCCCACAGAGGGAGGCCUGAGGGGGAGCGGUGGACUCUCCAACGUGGCUCUUCAAUUUCUCUUCUGUUUUUUAUGAUAAGUUAGUUCAGCUGCCACAGUUUCACAGAAAACCUGCGUCAUGUUUUUCCUAGUUUACUGUUAUUAAUGGGGAUCUCUUCAUCUCCUCACUGAACUGGCUGUAACAUGUGAGCUGAUUUCGCAGCAGACAAACUGAUCUGAGAGUCUACAGAGUGAAACUAAAGCAGCAGCUGCUGGAGUCCAGCUGUUUUUGAUGCUUUCAAGUCAGUCGUGUGUGCUGGACAAAGCCAGAUGUUCUCCAUGCUUCUCUAACAUGCAGACGCGACGUGUCAGUGAGCAGCUGCAGCAGCUUCCUCAUAGCUACAUGUCUGCGGUGCCAAAAUAAAAGCACCAAUUCAAAAUGUGGCUAUUUAAAAAAUGCAUUUUAUUUUCUUUUUGCAGAAAUGACCAAAACAGAACUUUGGAAACUACAAAAUCUGAUAAACUAGUUUAAAAGAGAGCCGUCUUUAUGGACGCCCAUUUUCAGUGGGAAAAAUAAGUCUUAAAUAUUUUUGGAGUCAAUUUUGUGAAAGUGUUUCCAGAUGGAAAUGUUCAGGGUUUAUCUGUCAGAAGCUUCUUUUUUUAAAUAGAAGACCAACUUUGGGAUCAAACUUGUGUUUUUCUCAGUGUCGCCUCCACCCCACUCCCACUCUGCUUUUGAGACCAGGUGAAAGUAUAAAGCUCAUCUUCUCAUGCACCCCCGGCUGUUUUAAUUUAUUCUGUUUUUUAGAUUUGUCGGUGGAAGCCGGUCGUGUCGAGCUGUGUAGUCGUGUCAGAAAAAGGUCGCUGGGCUGGUAGCUUUAUUUUCACGGCACUGACCCUCGAGACGUCACAGUGGACUGCUGCUCGAUGGUCCUCCGUGAUGGUGGAUUUACCAAAUGAAAUCAGACAAAUGAUAAUUAAACAUUUGCCCCUUUCUCUAGAAGAGCUCCGAGGCUUCGAAAAGGCUUCUAGUUAAUCUUCUCUUCUACAAACUGGUGAAUUAAAAACCGUUGCAGCGACUCGUCGGCCGGUUUCAUCUCUGAAAUCUUCAUAGCGUCUUCAGGCUUUAGCGCUGUGGGACAGCUCUGCACUAAAAACAAGCAGCUCCUCAUUUAGCGGGCACACUCAGUGGAACCUGUUGCUCGAGGUUAUCGUAGCGAUCAGGAUGGACUUUAUUCUCCCUGCUGUUAUAGCAGCGGCGCUUUUGAGUGCAGAGAUGAGGCAGCAGCAGUUUUCUGAAACAUUUCCUUAAUAAAAAGUUGUACACAGACGUUUAAAAGCCCAUAUUUUGCUAGUCUUGAAUGUUUACGUUGUCUACAGAUGCAGCUGUGCAGCAACACGUUUCAAACACUGGCAUGAAAAAGCAUUUUUCAUGAGCCCGCUCGGGUCCUGCUGCUUCAAGCCUUUGCUUCACUUCCUACGCACUUUAAACCUCCUGCAGCCAUAUCAUUUCCCCACAUCUCAGUUUCUGUGGGAUGUCUCUAUAUUAGAAUGAAGCAAUAUUUCAUCUCUGAUGUGUGAUACUGUCUUUCCUCCUGUCAUCAAUGCAGCACAAUAAACUGUUGGACUCGA